GGGAGAAAAAAACCAUAAUACUUUGGUUCCAUUUUUAGCUCCUGUACGACAUAGCAGCAGCCAUGCGAAGAGAAUGUUUAUUAUCAAGGCAACAAGUUUUUAUGAUACUCGAUUUCUGAACUUGUUGAGAUUCUAUGUAUUUCUGACGGGAAUACCAGUGGCACUAUUCAUAACGUAUGUCAACAUCUUCAUUGGUGAAGCCGAACUUGCAGAGAUUCCCGAAGGUUACGUUCCAGAGUACUGGGAAUACUACAAACACCCUAUAAGUCGCUGGAUAGCUCGUUACCUCCUUGAUCCCCCUGAAAAGGACUAUGAGAAACAGAUGGCUUUGCUUGACAUUGAAGCGAAGAAAACUGAACUGAGGCUGAUGGAGUUGGAGGCACGCAGACUGAUGAGACACAGGGGAGAUGGACCUUGGUAUCAUUAUGAAACGCCUGAUAAAAAUCUUGUUGACAAUUCUAUGAAAUCCACACCUGACAACUAGACAAUGUCAAGACAGUAUGCGUGGUCUCAAAUGCAUACCGACAAAUUGUGACUGAGCUAUGUAAUACACGUCCUGCUGUUUA